UUAAGUGUUAAGGUGUUCAACAGUUUCACAUUUACAAGCAAAACCACCACCACAACUGCAGCACUCACACUGCACCGGUCGUCCAGGAUUGCAGCAGUAUUCUUUUAUCUUCUGCGUGAUGAUGUUGAGGGUUCACACAGGUGGUUUGGCUCUUUUCUUCCUGGCUGCUGCUUUUCCAGAUGUCCAUCUCCAGAGAAAUGACAGCUCAGUCCAGCCCGCCUCUGACUCUGAGCUGCAGGUUCAGGUCUACCAGCCGGUGCUGCAGCCCUCUGAGUCUGUUCCUCCAAUAGGGACCUACAAGCUGGAAAACCAUCUUGGGGAACCCUGCAUCAAAGCCACCAUGGGAGCAGAGUAUAUCGUCAUUGAAAAGAAGAAGGCUUGGUACUUCAACCUGGACCCCUCCAGGGUCAGGAUUGGUGGACACUGUGGCAAAGAAACUGCUGUUCUUUCUCUGACGCUGCCAGACAACGAUACCAGUCUGCAGUUCUACUUCAGAAAGGAAAAUAAUCUUUUCUACGUGGAUAAGAUGACUGCUUGUGUGUCUCCUGUGCCGGUCUGCCCAGGAUGUGCCAAUAAGACAUAUUCAGGUUUUUUGGCCAAUGACAAGCUGUUCACAGCAGCUGAUGGACAAAGCUUUAAGUGCAGAUCUAAGACUGUGCUCCCCAUGUCGCCGGAGCUGAAGAUCAAGCUGGUUCCUCUGCAGAUUCAAGCCUUCACUCUACGGAAAGGUCGCUAUGGAGAAGUGGUGGAGUGUUGGGCCGACUUUCACCAGCGAGUGAUUCCCAUCAUCCUCGGAGCCAUAGUGGUGGGUCUUAUUCUGAUGGCUGUGCUGACCUCCUUGUUCAUCAAAGACCGCCGCAGACAAGGAUAUGACAGGCUCUGAGCAUGUUGUGAAGCUGGAUGGAGAUGUACUCCACAUUAAGGAAUAUUUCAUUCUCACUUACUGUUACAAAAGGAUCUCAAAAUUUCUCUUCCUAACUUGAAAGUAACUAAA